AUGAUUAAACAUGAUUUGAGUAUUAGGCCCAACAGAAACUUUAGGCCCAUUACGUAUGAAACGGACGCAAAGAAAACGGCAGCCGUCAACCCCGGUGGCGGGACGGUGGCCAAAGAGACUGACAUGGCCGGAGUCUGCAAGUACUCGUGCAGAACUUCGAGCGAAACUCUUCAAUGGAUUCUAGCAAUUAAUGAUUUCAUAAAGCCUUAUCGAUUCUUCCUGGAUUCUCAUGUCGUCAAUUUCUUCAAGGAUAGACUAUGGGAAGCUGUGGAUAAAGAGUGGAUGGAUUGUUUAAAAGAUGAACCUGUGGAAAAUCUUAUCCAAAUUCCUUCCGGCGUGGUACAGGAUCACUGGCCUGCUUCACUUAAAGAAUUUGUCAUUGCUCUGAGAUCUCUUUCUCUUCCACGAAAACAGGCAGAUUUGCUGGAGGAAUUCCCAGGAUUGCACAUGGCCUCUCUAAGUACUGUUCUUGCUCAAGGCAUGAAUCGUAAGAAAAAGCACGAAGUGGAAGCACUUGCUGCUGUGGUAGGUCAGAUUGCCAAAGAUGUUGAAUCAAAGACAAUAGUUGAUGUUGGCUCUGGUCAGGGUUAUCUUGCACAAGUACUUUCAUUUGAGUAUGGGCUUUCCAUUCUUGCAAUUGAUGCCUCUUCACAUCAUGGAAACAUUACUGAUGCACGUGCAGAGAGAAUUAGGAAACACUAUGCUGCUAAGAUCCGCAAAUCAGAAGACAGAGAGUUGUCUGUACCAAAGACAGUCACAUGCCGAGUACUUUCCCCUGAGACAUUGAAGGCCUUGAGUAAUGGCUCACUGGAAAAAUAUGAUGUUGGUAAACAAUAUCUUAUUGGAGAAAGUUCUAUUGGACAGGCUCAAGAACACUCUGAGGAUAGAUUAACUCCUCACUCCUACAUGGUUGGUGAUUCAUCAUUAAUUCUUGCUGGACUUCAUGCCUGUGGUGAUCUUUCAGUGACUAUGUUGAGGACAUUCUUGGAAUGCAAUGAAGUAAAAGCAGUGAUUAGUGUUGGAUGUUGUUAUAACUUGCUAUCUGAGGAAGCUGCUGGCAAGGAUGAUUCUCAUUGUGGCUUUCCAUUGAGUAAAAGUGUUAAAGCUGUUGGCUUAGUGCUUGGUAAAAGUGCCCGUGAUCUUGCUUGCCAGAGUGCAGAUAGAUGGAGAGGUUUAGGACAAGCUGCUGGCCUUCACAACUUUGAAUUGCAUGCAUUUCGUGCUACCUUUCAGAUGAUUCUCUUGCGAUACUAUUCAGAAGUAUUGGUAAAAAGUCCUGCAAUAGGGCGCCAAGGGAAAACAUUACGCCGCCAACAUCAUCAAAGGGCCCUGGAGUCUAAUUUACAGUGUCAAGACUGCCCUAAAAAUUCUAGUGGAGGCUCAUCACAGAAAAGAAGUGAGGAUGAAACUAGGUGCUCUAUGUCUGACCUUGGCUGUGGAAAUGAUGGGAAGAAGGGUGUAACCUGUGAUGAUGAUGCCCUCUUUCAUAAAAUUUCUUCCACUCGGAGUGUCAAAAAUGAAAAUACUAAUGCUGUGGAUAGUUUUUCAUUAUUCAUGAAAUUCUGUGACUCUGGGCUUGCCCGCCUUGGUAUCAAUGAGUCACAGGAAAUUGAUUAUUCUGGCAUAUGGAAGGAGACACAACCUUUCACCGAAAUGAUAGGGCCAUAUUGGUCUCUUCGUGCUGCUCUUGGACCGGUUUUGGAAACUAUUAUUCUACUUGAUCGGUUAUUAUUCCUCCAGGAGAGCAGUGAUUGGGUGGAAGCUGCACUGGUUCCAAUUUUUGACCCAGUAUUGUCACCUAGGAAUAUGGCUAUUAUUGGUAGGAAAAUUUGAAGUUUACAUGAAUUGGUGUCUUAGUCGGUUGAUGCUAAGCUUGAAAAGUUGGGAAUUAGGAUUUGGGUUAUGCAUUAUAUCAAGUUGUAUUAGGAUAAUAUAUGUUGAGGGAGGAGUGUACUGAUAGGAAAGUUGUUUCUUUUUGUACUGGAGCAAGUUGUCAUCAUAUCACCACUUAGGGAGGGGCGGUGGUUUGAUCUGUCACUAUGGUGGAAAUAUCAAAGUGAAUUCCAUGAUAUUGUUUCCCGGGCAGACCAAGACUAAAUCCUAUAGGGAGAGUGACUUCAUGAAUGUGGAUGAGAGUAACAAACUGUUAUUUUCUGCAGCCUAUAUAUAUAUAAAUGUGAGUUUGAGGACAGUUGCACUUGUUUAAUCCCCAGUGUUCAAUAUAUAAUGAGAUGAAUUGAAGGUA